AUGUCUGGGGCACAUUGGUAUGGAUUUGGACAAGUCUUCGACCAAAAGUGGCCCAUAGAAAAUUGGUCAAUGAACUUCGCUCCAUUCGUUACCCAUGAUAGUAUAAGUGCGAAGACUGCAUAUGGAAGCGUGGCUGAGCGGUUGGUGUUUGGUUCUCGAGGCGUUGGGAUCUAUGUACCUGAAGACGUCCCGUUAUUUGUCAGUGUCAAUGCAAGUGGUGACCAUAAGAUCUGUUUGAUGGGUCGAUUCAAAAACUCUCCCUAUAUAAAUAAUGAUGACUUGCCACCUUUUCUUAAAUAUAACAUUUGCUCUUCGGACAACGCUCUGCAAAUGCGCAAUUUUGCCGCGAAGAACUUUUUCAGUCUACCACCUCCAAAUAAGAUACCAGAUGAACGAAUGUUUACAUCGCCGAUAUGGUCAACGUGGGCAUUAUAUAAAAAAACGAUCAAUCAAUCAACUGUGAUUGAUUUCGCACACGCUAUUUUGAAAUAUAAUUUCAGUAAUUCCCAGAUAGAGAUCGAUGAUAACUGGACACCGCAUUACGGAGACAUGACAUUUGAGCCAAGAAAAUUUCCUGAUCCGAAAGGAAUGGUUCAACAGCUACACAACAAGGGCUUCCGUGUAACAGUUUGGGUUCAUCCAUUUGCUAGCUUGUUAUCCCAGUCUUAUCAGGAGGGUAAGGCAAACGGUUACUUUGUCAAAACCAAACGUGGAACACCAAAGCCAACAUUCUGGUGGGACGGUAUUGGCGCUAUAUUAGAUGCUACAAACAUGAACGCCCAAAAUUGGUUUCUAGCCAAACUUCAAAGACUGAAAAACAUUUACGGUAUUAACUCGUUCAAAUUCGAUGCCGGGGAAUCUGGAUGGCUACCCCCUUCUCCAUUUUACAUGGCAUCCCCCGGUAUUAACCCGAGUCUGUACUCAACUAUGUAUGUUAAAAUGGCAUACGACGCCGAUUCAGACGUACGGCAUCAAGAGGUUCGCGUUGGUUGGAGGACACAGGAUACCCCAAUAUUCACUCGUAUGUUAGACAAAGAUUCUGUCUGGGGGUAUAAUAACGGGCUUAAAACGCUCAUCCCAGACGCACUUACCUUUGGCAUCUUAGGUUAUCCGUUUAUUCUCCCAGAUAUGAUAGGGGGUAAUGCCUACGCGUCAACUUACCCAGACCGUGAACUAUUCAUACGGUGGUUAGAGGCAAACGUUUUUCUCCCCUCUCUACAAUUUUCAAUUCCGCCUUGGGCAUAUGAUGGCGAGAUAAUCAACAUUUCAAAGAAAAUGGUUGACCUUCAUAAAAAAUUCGCACCCACUAUUAUUUCUCUUGCCAAGCAGUUUUCUGAAUCAGGCGCGCCAAUAAUCCGACCACUCUGGUGGAUAAAUGCGACGGACGAUAUAUCUCUAACAAUUGAUUCUGAAUUUUUACUUGGCGAUGAUCUGUUAGUAGCCCCAGUGCUUGAACAGGGGGCUAGGGCUCGUGAUGUAUAUUUAGUGCCCCCAUAUAAAUGGAGAGAUGAGCGAACGGGAAGUGUCGUUAACUGCGGUUGGCACUUAAACUACAAGGCGGACCUCGAUGAAUUGCCUUAUUUUACAAGAAUUAUAAAGUAA